AUAGUUCCAACGUAUACGCUUAAUUUUAAUUAAAAUAAUCUAUGGUAACUGUAUUGAAUUUAUGAUAACAUCGAUGUUCGAAUUUAAUAAGAGUAAAAUAUCCAUGACACGCACAGUUUCCUUCCACUUUUUUAUGAAGAAUUUUCCGGCGGAUGAAUCUCAUCUCAAAUAAUCAGAGAGGGAUGUGUUUACAUCGUGGUGAAGCAUUUCAAUUCGUAGAUGAGAGACUGGGCGGACGGAAUUAGCGAAGUGUAAACAAAGUGUAUUCUGAGCUGUGCAAGAAGGCGGAGAUAUUCAACAAAGUUCAACUGAAAGGAUGGCGCACAAAUCUCUUUCUGAACUGAGGGGAGCCUGUAACCAACCCACUCCAUAUUCAGCAAGCAUUACUGUACAAGUUGUUAAAGUAGGGCAUUCAGCCAGCUUUACAGAUUUGAAUGGACAACCUGGUGAAAUUCUUAAUUUUAGUAUCGCAGAUGAAACAGGAGCAAUGCUUGCAACACUCAUUGACAGAACGAAGCAUUGCAAAAUUGUAGAAGGAAAGACUCUUCAUGUUCGUCAAUUCGUGGUGAAGAAUAAUAAAAUUGCCAUGUCUCACAGGACCUCCAUAAUGGGCAGGCCAAGAUUGGAAAUCCCGGAAGGAAUUACACAAACGGCAAUACAGCUAAUCUUGCCCGCAUCCCCAGACAAGAAAGUUGUAGAUGCAAAAGAAAUGCCACUCAGGAGCAUAUUAACAGUAAAAGGACAAGUGACAAAGAAUGAAGCCACCAAAACUGUGAAAGUAAAUGGUAAUGAUACAACCAUCCGCACCAUCACACUUCAAGAUGACGGCGAAACCAUUGAUGUAACCUUGUGGCGGGAGAUUGCUGUGGAGGAACGCAGAAUUGGGGAAUUUUUGAGGAUUUCCCACUGCCUGCUUAAUGAGUGGCAAGGUCGCAAGAGUUUAAACUCAACGCGCAACACUUCAAUAGAGCAAAUACAGCCACUAGACGUAGAGAUAAACGGAAAGGUGGAAGCAUUGAGUGUAUCUGAAAUGUCCUUCGAUAUUGCCAUAAAGGAAAAUGGCAAGAAUUUCUUCAGAGACUUUCAAGUUGAAUUCUCAAUGAUGAAGGAAGCUUUCGCUGAAGAAAUUGAAGAUAUUGAUCUAAUGGAGACAAGUGAAGUUGAGGAACUUCUUUUGGCCAAAAUUCCAUUUCCUGUUAAAUUAAGAGUUCAAGGAUGCCAG